UCCAGUGUUUUUAAACCAUAUCUGUUUUAUAAAGUUUUAAAAAUAUUAUAUUUAUUCAUAUUAUAUAUUUAAGAAUAAAAUAAAUUUAGAAGUUACUCGAUGUUUUCUAAGGUUUUGUCAGUUACGGUGAUAUUGGUGUGGCUGUUCCUGAAAUCAGCAUCGGCUGGUGAUGAUGAUGAUCACACGUACGCCCUGGAGUUCACGAAGGUGGCGGAGAACUGCCAGGGCUCAGAAAACAAGGACAUGGGCAUCAACAUGACGCUGGAGACCAACAGCGAGCACGCCACCCUGUCGGGAUCUGUCACCAUUGGGCUUGAGCUGGGCGACAGUGUCGAGUUGUUGAUCGAAGUGGAAAAGGUGCUGGACAAUGGUAAAACUGACCCCAUGUUGACGAUGGCUGCCAACCUGUGUGCUAGUAUGAAGGACGAUGAUUUUCCAGCAAAGGCUAUUUAUGAGAAAAUGGGCCUGUCAUCUUGCCCAGUGGCUGCUGAUGUGUACCCAGUGGAAGAUAUGAUGCUGGACAUGGCCUUUGCAGAUGACGUCAUGUGUCACGAUUACGUCGGGAAAUACUCCGCAAAGUUAAUUGUGAAGUCAGGAAUCGACGAAUUGGGAUGUUUCGAGUGUCUCCUUGAGAUAACUGAGACCGAAUAAUUGAUGUAACUUUUCGUAAAACUGCUGUCACAGGUUUAAAGCUGCGGUCACAGUAGACAAACAGUUGAAGUUUAAAAUGUGUAGAGUGAGAGCAAAACCAGCAAACAGUGAACUCACUAAUUGCCUACUAGAGACGUAGCCUAAGGCGUAAUACAUAGCUUUGUAAAUGCACCUUUAUAAUGAAUUAUUAGUACGGAGUAAAGGCUGCUACUCUGUAGUAAUAAGAUCGUUUAUCAAUUAGUUGUAAGUUAUAUUAUAAAUAGCUUAGAUGAUAUUAGAUUCAAGAUUUUAGGUGCUGUACGAUUUUAGAUGCUAGUUAUGGGUUUAAUGGGAUAUAUUUUAAGCUUAGUAAAGAAGCGAUAUAAAAUCAAUAUUGUUAUUGUGGA